CUUCAGUUUAGGGAGGACAAAGCUAUAUCUAACGUGGCACGAGUUGUACAGUACGACAUAUGCUACAUAAUGGAGGAGCUUGCCCGUCGCUCGGGACCUUCAGGGACCCCGGCGCUCUGCACAAUCUGCCAUAGUCAACCAUCACGCACACCAGCGACGUCCUGCAAGGCAGUGAUAUGUUAAAGGAAGUAUCUAUAUUUAAGUCUUCAUUAUUAGGGUCAACUCAGCAUGCACUAGGGGCCCGUUCAUAUACGGAGGGGUUGAUCAUCUGUAUCAGUCAUAUCCUCAGACUACUCGAAGAGAAAUUGGCUUGUGACACAGCCGAACGUGUAUUGAUUCGGACUUUUUUGGUAAUCAAAAUAUGUUCUGGUGUGUGGUAUGUGUAGUAUAUGCCUUUUGGCUGCCUAUCCUGCAUCAAGACUGUGGCAAUUCGUCAGAUCUGGUGGCCACAAGCCCAGCCACACUAGUAGAGGUUCGGGUGCCUUAUGUUUCCCUGAAUGUAUUCCAGCCUGAAUGCACUGGUCAUGACUGCAGCCUCCCAAGCCAACAUUGCUUGACAUGUCUCAAGCACUACACAACGUGUAGGUAGGACUCAAUAAAAGCACAUGACCGGUCAUGCGAAGCCGAUUGUCAUGUCACUCGCGCGGAUCAAGGAUUAGGCUCAGCAUGGCAAAUAGGACCUCAGGCCUUGAUUUGGUUAGGCACAUGGUACUUCUGUGACCGUCACGGGGCUAGGUCCAGGCAGUGCCAUGGUCUUGCUGUGGAGAUGUAGAAUCGCUAAUAGCGCAGAGCAGCCCACUGGAUCUCAUGACAAGCAGCUGCUGCACCCUGUGCCAGGACCGGUGAUAGACGCCUUGAGUUCAGAGUGGAAGUUUGCACUCCAGCAUCACAGACCAGUGUGGGAAGAUUGGGCAGCGCAACAAUGCCGGUGCUGCAUUGGUGCUAUUUCCGUGCAGCUGCUAAAAUUUGGUUGCCCUCUUCAUCGGGGCACGGAGGACAGAUAGGGCGGAUCAAUCAGAGAGCCCCAUGAACAGCUUGAAUCUCUUUCCGCUUUGAGGCAGCAUCCUGCACAUUCGCGGCGCUGUGCAGCAUGCUGGUGUACUGGCCCAGGGUCAAGAACCCACAAGAGAUAGAUAAUGUUCCUGAGGUACAAUCGCAGGGAUUGCAUUGCCUAGCCUAUGCAGCACAUUUGAAACAGAUAGCUUCCGAUCACUGGCAACGUGCCAGACGUGGUCGCCAGCACUGGAGUGUCUAUGCUACUAGCAGGCACCGCCAUGACUCCAUGCAAAUUUGUCUGACAGAACUACUGGAACGUGAACUACAUGCCAUCAAUAUGUUCGCAUGCAUGCGCUGCUAGCACUCUUGUAUAGAGCGCUCUUGUAUGCCAGUGCACUAUGCGCAUAAGUGCGCCACAGCGGUUUCAUUUCAACUUAUUAUUGUUAUUAUUAUUACACGCUUUUCCUGCCGAAGGCAAGGUGCGUACUACUACAUAGUAUGCAGACAAGCUGCAUGUAAAGGCUGCCAAAUUCCUAC